ACUAGUUCAAAUCGAUUGUUAAAACUCGAUACUUUGACAAUAAUCGUUUUCAUUCUCAAAUGAAAUGUAAACAUAAAUUACAUUGCCAAUAAAUAAAAAUUCGUUUCUUUUUAAAUUAAAUGUCAAAGUUGAUAAGAGUUAAAAAUAUCUACAAUUUAACGCUAAGGUUCAUUGUGUUAAAAAUUUAAAACAAUAGUUAACCUAAAAUUUUAAAUAUUGUGCAAAUGCAUAGUCUGUAGUGUUAUAUAUUUGUAUACAUAUAUAAAUAAAAAUGGCCACAUUAGAAGACAAAAUAUUGAAUGAAAAAUUAGAAUAUUAUUGCAGUAGUUCAAGUGAAGACGAAGGAAAAGAUUCAGAAGCUUCAGACUCCGAGGAAACUAAACCCGAAAGUGUAAAUUCUGGAGAAGCUCCAUCUGUCAGCUGCAAUGAAUGGAAUGGAACCUCGAGUAACACUGGACCUAAAGGCGUUCUAAGGGAUUGGCAGAGAUUUAAACAAUUGGAAUCGGAAAAAAAAGCAGAACAAGAACGAGAACGUUUGCUGUUGAUUAAAAAAUUAAGUCUUACUUGCAGAAGUUCCCUGGAUGAUGAAAAAGAUAAACUCAAUGAGACCGAUCCCGAAUUAGCGGAAUUACUUGAAGAUGAUUUUUUACUUGAGUAUCAAAAGCAGAGAAUGAAAGAGAUGUUAGCUAACGCGAGCAAAUUACAAUUUGGCACUUUAGUUAAUCUCAGUAGUGCUGAUGACUUUUUGAAAGCAAUUGAUGAAGAAGAUAAAUCUGUAACUAUUGUUGUACAUAUUUAUGAGAAAAACGUUCCUGGUUGCGAUGCGAUGAAUGGAAGUUUGAUUAGUUUGGCGCAAGAAUACCCAGCUAUCAAAUUUUGUAGCAUUCUUGGCUCAACAGCUGGUUUAAGUAAACAUUUUAAAAAACGCGGAGUGCCAGCUCUUCUUGUCUACAAAAAUGGCCAAGUAAUUGGUAAUUUUAUUAACGUAUCGGACACAUUGGGAACGGACUUUUAUGCUUCAGAUGUUGAAAGCUUCCUUCUGGAAAAUGGAAUAAUUGUAGAUAAAAAUUGUGUACCAAAAAUCAUUGCUAAUUCAAAUGAUGACGGCAGUGAAUAAUUGAUUUGUAACAUGAUUUUAAAUAAUUUAUAUUGAUCUCUAUACAAAAAAUAUAAAUAAGUUCUUUUUUCACUUAAAUAUUUUUU